GGGCGGCCCGACCCCGACGCAGGCCGAGGGGCAGGGCCUCCGCCGGCUGCGCUCGCUCGGCGCCGCCAUGCCCAAGGUGGUGUCCCGCUCCGUGGUCUGCUCCGACACCCGGGACCGCGAGGAGUACGAUGAUGGCGAGAAGCCGCUGCACGUUUACUACUGUCUGUGCGGCCAGAUGGUGCUGGUGCUGGGGAUGGUAGAGUUCUCUGAUCGCAGCACUAGAAGACAGGAGCUCCUGAGUCCGCAGCCCAUCUCGUACUAAUUUAAGACAGACUGUCAGCUGGAGAAGCUGCCCAUGAGGCCUCGAGACAGAGCUCGGGUCAUUGAUGCAGCCAAACAUGCCCAUAAAUUCUGUAACACAGAGGAGGAGGAAAAUGUUUAUCUCAGAAGACCAGAAGGUAUUGAGCGGCAGUACAGGAAGAAGUGUGGGAAGUGUGGACUUCUGCUCUUCUACCAGCACCAGCAGAAGAAUGCCCCAGUUACUUUCAUUGUCGAUGGAGCCGUGGUCAAGUUUGGCCAGGGCUUUGGGAAAACAAACAUAUACACUCAGAAACAAGAGCCUCCCAAAAAGGUGAUGAUGACCAAACGGACCAAAGACAUGGGCAAGUUCAGUUCAGUCACGGUUUCCACCAUUGAUGAAGAGGAAGAGGAGAUUGAAGCACGAGAGAUUGCAGAUUCCUAUGCACAGAAUGCUAAAGUGAUUGAGAAGCAGCUGGAACGCAAAGGCAUGAGCAAAAGGAGGCUGCAGGAACUGGCUGAGCUGGAAGCCAAGAAAGCCAAGAUGAAAGGAACCCUGAUAGAUAAUCAGUUCAAAUAAGAGGAACCCACAUCAGAUCAUGCUCAGGCAGCUGAAUAUUUGGAGAGGGAGGAUAAUCAACAGCAACUCCUGAGACUCCCAACAGAGAAUUCAGUCAACCCUGCAGAUCUUUAGUACAACUUUUAAGAGCCAUGCAUUGAAACCAGCUUGGAAGGUGCCACUGUCUCUGCUAGAGGCUGUACUUUGAUCUCUGGUAUUUUAAUACACUGAAGGACUUCAAAGACUUUUUAAAAAUUACCCUUCUAUGCACUCUUGAGCAUUUUGCCUGACUUUUGGGGUAACAUCUGUUCCAGGGGAAACCCUCUGACAGGUGUGUGCAUAGGAUUAAGACACUGUUACAAAAGAUCAGUGUGUGUUGUUUUCAGAUGUACAUAAGGUAUUUACUGGAAUCUUAGAUGUGUAGGGAAAGCAAUAAUCUAUGCACAGCAAAUAAAUCCUUAUAAAGUAA